UUCUUAACUCCUCAAUAGAAAGUCUCUCCCCCUCUUUCGGUCUCUCGCUCUCCCGCUCGUUUGGUUUUGUCUGAAGAGAAGAAGCGUUUCAAGCUCCUCGGAGAGAUACUUAUAUCAUAAGUUGUUCAUGGAGUCUGGACUGCAACCUAUACCUGUAAGUGCACAAAAACGUGACCCAGCGUGGAAUCAUUGCCAAUUGCUUAAAGAUGGGGAUCGGUUAAAACUCAGAUGUAUAUAUUGCGGCAAGAUGUUCUCUGGUGGAGGGAUCCAUAGGAUCAAAGAACACCUAGCUGGUCAAAAAGGCAAUGCAGCUACUUGCCCAAGAGUGCAAAAGGAUGUUCAGCAUAUUAUGUUGGAAAGCUUAAAUGGAGGCAAAGUGAAAAGGAAGAAACACAAACUAGCUGUAGUAGAUAGUACAAACCUUAACUCGAUUCCUAAUGAGAUAGAUACCAUAGACAGUCAGUCUGAAGAAAAAUCCGGGUUCCAAUUGCAUGCAACCCCCGUCACAAAUUAUUUCGGUUUAAUACCAUGGAGAGAGGAAGAAAUGCCUGACAGAAAUUCAGAUAAAAGGAAGAGAGUGCACGAGGAAGAAAUGACUGGUGAAAGCUCAGAUAGAAGGAAGAGGCAAGAAGGAAACUCCUCCCCUCCUCCCACAAAUCCUGAUGCCAGUCCAAUUGAUAACAUUACCUUGGGAUCAACAAGGGGGGAAGAUACAGUGCAAAAGGUUGGUCAGUUUCUCUAUGACGUUGGAGUAUCUCAAGGUGCGGUCAACUCUAUAUAUUUUCAGCCGAUGAUUGAUGCCUUUUUGUCUGAAGGAUCGGGUUUGAAAGCACCAUCUUAUCAUGAUGUUCGGGGCUGGGUUUUAAAGAAUUCAGUUGUGGAAGUGAAGAGCAUGGUAGACCAGUAUAAAGAGACAUGGGGAAGAACUGGAUGUUCUCUCCUGGUUGAUGAAUGGACAAUGGGAACUGGAAGAGUUUUGAUUAACUUUUUUGCUUAUUGUCCUAAAGGAACAAUUUUUCUGAAAUAUGUUGAUGCCUCAGACAUUGUUAGAUCAACAGAUGCUCUGUAUGGGUUGCUAAAGGAAGUGGUUGAAGAAGUUGGAGUGCAAAAUGUAUUGCAAGUGAUUACUGAUAGUGCAGAACACUAUAUUGUCGCUGGGAAAAGGUUAACUGAAACUUUCCCUACAAUGUAUUGGACCCCUUGUUCAGCCCGUUGCAUAGAUUUGAUGCUUGAGGAUAUUGGAAAAUUUGAGUGGAUAAGUGAAAUACUUGAGAAUGCUAGAACAGUAACCAGAUUUGUUUACAAUCAUGCCUCCAUUCUAAACAUGACAAGAAGAUACAAUAAUGGGAAAGAUUUAGUGCAACCAGCUAUCAGUAGCUCUGCAACAAACUUUACAACAUUACGAAGCAUGGUUGAUCUCAAAAGCAAUUUGCAGGCAAUGGUUACUUCACAGGAGUGGAUGGACUGCCAUUAUUCAAAGAAGCCAGAUGGAAUUGCAAUGCUCGAUGUCAUUUGUAGCGAGUCCUUUUGGUCUUCAUGCGGCACUAUUGUUCAUAUAACAGACCCACUCUUGAGAGUUUUGAGAAUGGUUGGCAGUGAGAAGAGGCCUGCAAUGGGAUAUAUUUAUGCAUCCAUGUACCGAGCAAAGGAAGCAAUAAAAAAAGAACUGGUAAAGAAAAAGUAUUACUUGGACUAUUGGAAUGUUAUAGAUCAUCGGUGGGAGCGGCAGUUAGCUCGUCCUCUUCAUGCAGCAGCUUUCUACCUGAACCCAAAGUUUUUCUAUGGCAUUGAAGGAGAUGUGCACAAUGAGAUCAUGUCAGGGAUGUUGGAUUGUAUAGAACGAUUAGUACCUGAGAUAGAAAUUCAAGAUAAAAUCACGAAAGAGCUGAACUCAUACAAGAAUGCUGUAGGGGAUUUUGGGCGGAAGAUGGCAGCUCGAGCUAGACAUACUCUACCUCCUGAUGAGUGGUGGUCUACUUAUGGAGGAGGUUGCCCGAAUUUGACACGCUUAGCCAUCCGCAUUCUGAGUCAAACAUGUAGCAUGAAGGUUUUCAAGCGACAUCAGAUAUCUCCCAAGCAAAUACAUCACUACACAGCAAACCGGCUUGAGCGCAAACGUCUCAGUGACCUUGUUUUUGUCGAAUACAAUUUGCGUUUGCGGCAGAUGCAACUCCAGAAGCACAAAGAAUCCGAGGUGAUGGACCCCAUCUCCAUUGACAUCUUUGAUAUUGUUGAAGAAUGGGUUGCUGAGAAGGAUUCUGUUGUUGGGGACAUUGGCAGUCCAGACUGGACAGCACUUGUUCAGCCUGAAGCUAACACUGCUAUGUCAUUCUCUCCAAAAGAUGAGGCAGAGGCAUUGGUUGAAGGUUUUGGUGACUAUGAAAUUUAUAAUGGAGUCAAUGAAGAGGAAGACACAGAAAGCCAAGACCAAGAGGAGUAGCUGCCCAUGAGACUCUUACUUGUUAAUAUAAAUAUACUGGGAGGAUCCAUGGUGAUGAUACCAUGAUAGUUUUAACUCAUGACAGAAGUGUUGAAGAUGUAAAUUGUUAGUUCUUGUUUUAAAUUAUUUUGAAUCAGUUGUUGCAUGGUGUUUAUGAUUUGAAUUCAUGGUUUUUUGUUCAGCAACAAGUCUUUAUGACUGCACAAAUAGACAUUUUCCUUUAACAUGUGAAA